AUGAUGACUAUGGACGUCGGUAUGUACAACAAUCAACAGAGUGGGUACAGCGCGGAAUAUUACCAACAGGGAGGCGCCUAUCAGCCACCUUAUGAGGGCUACCAUGAGGCAUACUAUGAACCCACGCCGUACUACGAACCCAUAAUUCAUGGGCAACCAACCCACGAAGCAACCCCAGUUAUAAGUACUGAUACCGGACUCUGUUACACGAAUUUGGACUAUGGUGAAUUACAGCAAAACUACCCUAUACAUCCGCUUCCGCCGCACCCUGAAACUUUCAAACAUAGAGAGGACAUUCCUAGACCGGAAGAAAUGCAUAUGCACGACCAUAAGCUGGACAAUCACUAUUUAGAAACAAAAUAUAAUAUGCAUUUUGUUGAUGAAUCUAGCAUACAAUAUAGCCAUGGAUCUCCUUUACCGUGUGGGGAGUUUGACCCUUAUACCCCUAAAGAAGAGUUCGUAGGGCUAAGAGAUUUCCCUCGAGAGGACAUGCAAAGCCAUCACGUUGGUCACCAAACUCACACCUCCCACGCCACUGUACCAACGUACAAGUGGAUGCAAGUCAAGAGAAAUGUUCCGAAACCAGCCGCAUUUAGCCUUCUACUUGAGUUU